AUGGAGAUGAACUAUGAUGAAAAGGAGCUCCAUCAAAUCGAGGAGGAGCUCCAUGUCGAGCUACUGCCAGGGACCGAGUUGAUGGCCGAUGUUGGAUCGCAUCAUUUCGUCAAGAGCAGCGACAAAAACCAUCGUGUCUUGGUUCCCCAGCCCUCAGACGACCCUCAUGAUCCGCUCAAUUGGUCUUUGGGCUGGAAAAUCGCCGCAAUCACUGCAUCCAGUAUGGCCAGCUUCACACAAGGCUUCGGUCCACUCUCGUUGGCUCCCAUGUUCGGCGAUUAUAUCGAGGCCUUUGACUGCUCGCUCGCGGACGCGGUGCAGUUUACUGGUGUGGCAAUUUUGGUUCUUGGUUUCAGCAAUUUUAUUUGGAUCCCUCUCAGCACCUCAUUCGGCAGACGACCCGUAUACAUUUUCUCUCAAUUAAUCUGCCUCGGUUCAUCAAUAUGGCGGGCUCGAGCACAAACAUAUGGCAGUUUCAUGGGCGCUUGCGUUCUCAACGGCAUAGGUGCAGGUCCAGCAGAGACAGUUCAGCCGGCCGUCAUCGCCGAUAUUUUCUUCCUCCACGACCGAGGCAAAUGGAACACACUGUACUGGGUGGUGUACAUGGGAUCGCUCAUGGUGGGGCCAAUCAUUUCCGGGCCUAUGUCUUACAAUGUCGGUUGGCGGAACUUUUGGUGGUUCAACACGGCACUCAUUGCGCUUUCUCUCUUGAUGAUUAUAUUCAUGUUCCCCGAGACCAAAUGGCAUCGCGUGCAUCCCACCGAACUCCACCACGAGACGGCUGUCACCGAGCAACAAAAGGCGUCUGUCGAAACCAAAGAAGACUCUCGAAGCGGCGACGGCGAAAUCUCCGCGCAUGGAACGGAUGACCCCGUCGAAACCGUCGCACCCAAUCCUCUGACUGCUGUCGAAACCGCACAACGAGAUCCUUGGCUCGGUCGUGGCAAGCCCAGUCGAGCACAGUGGGGGCUAUACACGCCGCAUCCACACCCGAUCAAGAGCAUUCUAUUGUCACUUUGGAUUCCCUGGAAGCUGUUUUCAUUCCCGAUUGUCGAGUUUGCCAGUUUUGUCGUCAGCUGGAGUUGCUCGUCGUUUUUGACCUUGAACCUGACGCAGACCCAAGCGUUUGCGGCUCCCCCUUACAACUGGGACAACCAAACGAUCGGAUUCACCAACUUUGCCAUCCUGGUCGGCGCCAUGAUCGGGUUGGCCACGGCCGGUCCGUUUUCCGACUGGGUGUCUGCUCGCGCGACGGCACGGAACCGGGGGGUGCGAGAACCCGAAAUGCGUCUGAUUGCCAUGAUCCCAUAUGUUGUUAUUAUGUACUUUGGCAACAUCAUUGUCAGUGUCGGGUACGAGAACAAGUGGCCCUGGCAGGCGAUCGUGAUCAUCGGGUACACGUGCGCCGGCAUCCAAGUCGCCGCUCUGCCGGGGAUUGUGUCGACCUACGCCGUGGACAGCUACAAGCCCGUGGCGGGCAGUCUGUUUGUGUCCAUCACGGUCAACAAGAAUGUGUGGGGAUACGGGUUCAGCAAGUUCAUUACGGACUGGAUCAUCGACGACGGGUACAUCCCGCCCAUCAUGACGAACGCGUCGCUGAUCUUGAUCUGGUGUCUGUUUGGCAUUCUUUUCUACUACAAGGGCAAGACGUUCCGGAGGUGGACCAAGAACAGUUCGGUGCACAGCAUGUAA